CUCAAUAGAAGUAGAACUGACACGCAUGAACAGAACAGAACAGAAGUGUGUCACUCUCAGUUCUAUUCUAUGUUGUAGCAUGCUUUGGCACUUGUCAAAGGUUAUUUCAUGUCGUAAUUAAUCACUACAAACUCCCUCACAGUCACACAACACUGGAUCGGAGGAGUGUAGUAAUGGAAACCUAAACGCCCAAUUCUUAAACGCUGCGUUUCCUCCUCCUCCUUCUUCUUCAGUCUUCACAGCAGUGAUUACAAUCUUUGCCUCCUCGCACUGCAUAGGAACACAGAAUUCAACAACCAGCAUUUUCAGCUUUAGGUUGUUAGUUUUCACUUUGAAUCCAGCUUCAGGAGCACAUCACUAUAGCCCUACCUUUCUUUGAGGAUUUGUAAACCUGGAAGUUAUCUUGGUUCUUGAAGGAAAUGGGUGAUGACUGUGAUACAGAUUCGCAUGCCCCAUUAGAUAAUAAUUCUAGUGGGUGUCAGGAAACCUUGACUCCACUUUUACUGGCAGAAUGUAAGGCUGAAGUCCUUCCUUUUGAUGAAAAUGAUGAUCUUCAUGUGCCACAGCCCGGGAUGAUAUUUAGUUCAGAGGAUGAAGUCAGAUCAUAUUACAAAGAAUUUGCCAGCCAAUUAGGCUUCCGGGUCAUGACUAGAACCUCAAGAAAGGGACGUGAUGGCAGAGUUAAAUAUUUAAUACUUCAAUGCUCUGGAUCUGGAGGAAGUAAUAAAGGAGGAAUAAGUACGUACAUGAAACCGAAUUGUGAAGCCAAGAUAACUGUGACAUUGAAUAAGGAUGGGACCUGCCGAGUAAACACGGUUACUCUCAGUCACAAUCAUGAAUUGAGUUCACAUGGAAUCUUAAAGAAUAUUGACAUGCGGAGUAAGAAGAUAUCGGGUCAGAAGAAUGUUGACGUGUGUGUUAAGAGGACGUCAAGUCAAAGUGACUGCAGAAACUACACUAAGAAAAGAAGGCAUUUGCUUGGGGAGAAUGGAGAUAGUGAGGCCCUUCAAAAGUAUUUUGGUAGGAUGCAAAAACAAGAUAGCAACUUCUUUUAUACGGUUGACAUUGAUGAUUUCUUCAGCGUGAGGAAUGUCUUUUGGGCUGAUGGGAGAAGUCGGGCUGCAUACGAAUCAUUUGGUGAUGUGCUGACUGUUGAUACUGCAUAUCUCUUUAAUCAAUACAAAAUGCCACUUGUAACUUUUGUUGGAGUAAACCAUCAUGGGCAAUCUGUACUUUUUGGCUGUGCGUUGUUGUCAAGUGAAGACUUGGAGUCAUUUGUUUGGCUCUUUCAAUCAUUGCUACAUUGCAUGUCUGGUGUUCCCCCACAAGGAAUUAUAACAAAUCAUUGCGAGGCCAUGCAAAAGGCGAUUGAAACUGUGCUCCCAUCCACUCGACAUCGUUGGUGUUUAUCGUAUAUAAUGAAAAAACUUCCCCAAAAGCUACAGAGAUAUCCUCAGUACGAGUCCAUAAAACACCAUUUGCAGAAUGUUGUGUAUGAUGCAGUCUCAACAGAUGAGUUUGAGAGGAAUUGGAUGAAGAUUGUGGAGGAUUUUGGCCUUGAGGACAAUGAGUGGUUGAAUGAAUUGUUUCUUGAGCGGCAUCACUGGGUUCCUUCCUUUGUCAGAAGUAGUUUUUGGGCUGGAAUGUCCGUUAAUCUACUUAAUGAGAGCAUGCAUGCCUUUUUUGAUGGAUAUGUAAACCAGCACACAACUUUGAAGCAAUUUGUUGAUCAAUAUGAUAAUACUUUGCAGUACAAGGCAGAGCAGGAGUACGUAGCUGAUGUACAUUCAUCUUGUAGCACUAAGGCUUGUAUUACCCAAUCUCUCAUUGAGCGGCAGUUUCAAUCUGCAUACACUAAUGCAAAAUUUCAAGAGGUUCAAGAUGAGUUUGUUGGAAAGGCUGAUUGUAAUGUUUCUGUUGACCGAGUUGAUGGUUCUAUUUGUCACUAUAAUGUUGUUGAGGAUGUGAUAAUCGGUGAUAUGCCUAGGGAAUACGUGGUUGAAGUAACAUAUAACAGAGUGACUUGUGAUGUAAAGUGUGAUUGCCGCUUGUUUGACUUCAGAGGGAUACUUUGUAGGCACUCACUUGCCAUACUAUCACAAGAACGAGUAAAGGAAGUACCGGGUAGUUAUGUUUUGGAUAGGUGGAGGAAAAACUUGAGGAGGAAGUAUGUUUAUGUCAAAACCAGUUAUUGUGUUCAGCACCUUAAACCUCAAAUGCAAAGGCUUGAAUCCUUAUGCAAUCAAUUUAUAAGUGUUGCUGAAGCCGCAGCUGAAUCUGAGGAAACAACUUCCUUUGUAAAGGUUACACUUUGUAACUUCAAGGAGAAGCUUGAAGCAUGGGCACCCCAUUUGACAAACUCAUCUCAGGUGGACAUAGAGGAAGCUCAGUGCAUAAGUUCAUCUUAUGGUGCUGGAGAUGCACUAACAUGAUGGAUUGUAAAGAGCAUGCUUUCUUAUUCUCUUAUCUAUGACUUUUUUUAAGAGAUGUAAUUAAUUUCAAUUUUGUCUUUAUUUUUUCUUUUAUGCCAUCUUAGCUUUCUGAUUUCUCAAUAAUGGAGUAAUUUUGUAGUCCUCUUCUUAUUGUAAUUAUGCGGAUCAUAUGAUUCAUCUUCACAUUGCUCCUGUAUUAUAUCAAACCAUGUUGCUUUCACUUCGUCGUAA